ACAAAAUUUUCUGUUGAGAGUGCAUUUGACCAAAGUUCAAACUCCAGCAGAGAGAGAAAGAUCGAUUAUAUGCUUCAUAAAGGGAAAUUUCCCCACGAGAAGAAACACUUUCGCUUGCCUUUACUAGUAAGAUGGCCACAAGACAAAGAAAGAAGAUGGAUUUCUCGUUCUCCUUUUCCUUUUUCGAGGAGCCGCUUCAAAUUGGAGUUGUUUUUAUGAUGACCGGGUUGUUCAUCUUUGGACACACGAUAGGAAUACUCCUCUCGUUUUACGUUCUCCUUACCCCCGUCUACGGCUUCAUGGUCAUUUAUUUGUUCUGGACUUAUUUCUUUGAUUUGAAAACAUCCUCGAAAGGAGGAAGAAGGUCCGAGACAUUUCGCAAGCUGAAAAGCUGGGAGUAUUUUCGAGACUACUUUCCCGCACGACUUGUAAGAACAAAGCGGCUGGAUCCAAGAAGGAACUACAUUCUCGGAUACCAUCCUCAUGGAAUCAUGUGUUGCGGAGCUUGGAUUAAUUUUGCUACAGAAGCCACUGGAUUCAGUAGACUUUUUCCGGGCAUAAAAUCACAUCUUCUCACUCUAACUUGUAAGUAACACGAAAUUUAACCACUUUUUUCUUGAUAGUGUGACAGGUUCUCGUGCUUCAUGCCGGAUUUCGUGCCUCUUGCCUGAUUUUCCCAAGCCUAGGAAAUUAUUAACCAACAAAACAGACAGGCAAAGAGCACGAAGAAUAACGCUCAAGUUAAACUCCGAAGCUUUAUUGAUUCAGCAGAUAUACUCAAAAUUUGAGAGGGGAACUACUUUUGAUCACUUCGGGGUAAAGAAAUUCCACCUUGAUCUGUACCUAUUUCAAGAGUCAUGUUUCUCAGCUCGCCAAAUUCAACAAGAUUAUAAUGACACUGCCAUCAAAACUUAAGUUGCAACGCAACCAAAAUGUGUAACUUCGUGCUAUCCAUUCCUUGCUGUCUAUAUUUGGUAUUAACCUCACAAAAUACGCCGUAAGAGGUAAUGAGAUUAACCUUUGAAAGGGAAAUCCCAUAUUCGCAUACGAAGUGUUAUUUUAGUGUUCAAGUUACAUGCAUCUUACAUAACCUCGUUUUCUCUUUUUUCUCUAUUUCAACAAUGGAUUGGACGAUAGCAUAGUUUAGCUUUGCUGUCGGUGAAUUCGUUAAAAGCAAAUUUUAUUUAUGAGAAUACCGCCUUACGUCUCCAAAAGGAAAUGUUAGUUUUUUAAUUUGCGAGACCACACAGUGACUGUCAUCAGAUGAAAGCGUGCCAGUGUUAUAAGAACCUACUUAUAUCAUGUUGCAUAAGUCUAUCCCUCUAGUGUUUCUCUUACCAAAUUGCAUCACGUUUGCACCAAUGUUUACAUUUUCAUAAAUUUUGUGUAAUUUUUUUUUUCAGUGAUGUUCAAAUUUCCACUGUGGAGAGACUUUGUAAUGGCAGGUGGAGUGUGUGAUGUCUCCAAAGAAAGUAUUCGUCAUAUAGUGACUAAGCAGGGGACUGGGAAUGCUGCAGUGAUUGUGAUUGGUGGAGCAGCAGAAUCUCUUGAUGCCCGUCCAGGAUCUUACACUCUGACCCUAAGAAACCGGAAAGGAUUUGCAAAGUUGGCUUUGCAGACAGGGUAAGUGGAUGUGAAAAAUUGACUUAAGUUUUAUUCACUUAGAUCCACAUACCAUGCAGCACAUUUCAUUUAAGGCUUGCUAAAAUGAAAUGCACAUGUCAGUGAUAAAUGAUAAAAUUAAAUUUCUGUGGUAGACCUAAAAAAACUUAAAAAUAGUUUCUUCCACUCAAAUUCAGCAUAGACUGUCUUGGUAUGACUGAUAAUGCCCAGUCAUACAGUGGCAUGCUCUAUUUUUGUAGUUUCUGAUUGUAUAAGUUAAAUCAACAAAUGAAAAACAACAUUUGCAAAACCUUGAAACUGAUAUUAGAGUCUCAAAAGAUUUUACCACUAGUAGGAGAAAACUUGGACAGUUUGGGUUAAGAUGGAAAGUGGUGGUGUAUUUGUUGUUGUUAUGGAGGUGUCAAUAUUAACACAAAACAAGGUCCACCUUAAUUUUUAGAAUUUUGUAGAAAAAAUACAAAGUUCUUCACUCUGAUUCAAUGUUAGCAAAUCUCAGAGUACAAAAGGGCAAGGAUUGAUUAUAGGACUUUGGAAAGAGGUCAUCCCAAUUGAGAACCAAAUGCUUAGGGUUUUCCAUUAUUUUUUUUCCUUUUUCAGAGCAUAUCUUGUUCCUGUGUUUUCCUUUGGUGAAAAUGAAAUAUAUAAUCAAGUUGACAACCCAAGAGGUUCAAGACUGCGAGCUUUUCAAAACAAGUUGAUGAAAAUACUGUCCUUUGCACCACCACUGUUUUUUGGAAGAGGAAUCUCGCGUAUCUUGCCCACAUUUCUGCCAUACAAAAGACCAAUAUGUACUGUUGGUAAGUGUGAAUUAUUAAUUUCUCUGACAAAACACAAAGAUAGUUAGAUAGAUAUCUGAAUUUGGGCUAAAAUAGACUUGAGUAGUCAAUAGUAUGUUUCAAAGUUAAUUUACAUGUCAAUUGAAUUUUGGGGCCUUUUAAGAAACGAAAUGAGAAAAAUAAUUAAGAACUUCUUACUGUAUAGGCUUGAUAACAGCUUGCACCCACUCCCCUCCCCCUCUCCUCCCCUCUUCUCAUGGAGACUGGACUUGAGAGAGCUGUGGUAACCAAGCCUCAGGAUACUGGAAGUUCAUUCAAGAAAUGACAAAACUGAUAACUUCCUGUUCCAGUCUUCAGUGAUGUAAAAAUCCACCAGGAGGCCCCUAAUUUUAAGCUAAAAUAUAAUUUGGAAAAAAAAUAAUUAUUGAGCUUAAGUACAUAUAUAUGUAACAGUAAAGUUACUUUUUUAAUUUCAUAUUUGAUUUUUUUUUGCAGUUGGUGCACCAAUACCAGUAAAGAAAGCUGUAGCAAAUCCAAGUGGACAACAAAUAAACAGACUUCACAAGAAAUAUGUUCAAGGACUUAUUAACCUUUUUGACCAGCAGAAGCACAGAUAUGGCCUGCCAAGAAGUGUUAAACUGCGAAUUGUCUAGAUGGGAUUGUGAAGCAGCUUAUUAUGAGCAGAGAGCUCUAUUUACUCUUAAAUCAAAUUAUAUUCUGUAAAAUAAGAUAUACCAGACUCAAUGUUCUCUAAGUAAUGUACUCAGUCAUCUAUUACUUUUACAUGUGAGUUCCCAAAUGGUCUUGGAGAUGUGGUGUAUGAGUCCAGGAUAUCAACAUAGUUGUGUUUUCUGUGGUGAUGAUUUGACUUCUGUGCUUGAGUAAGAAUUAUGAACACUUUUUCACACAGUAUCCCGAAGGAAGGCCAUGGUCACAUUUAAUUUGAUAUUCAACCUAGAAGUUGAUGGAUAUAUUGUAACCCAGAGUUCUAUGGAUAUUUGUUUGCCUUUCAUGAAAUUUAUAUGGAAGAGUGAAAUAUAAUUUACUAGGGAAGUUAAACUCAACUCAAAAUUAGAGUUAUGAAUUUUUGUAAGGGAGAAACCUGUAAUCAGUUUUGUCCCAUUCUGGGCAUAUAAGCCGUUAAAAUACAUUGGAUCUCAUUUUAUUAUUUAAAAAUAAUAUAUUUGAUUUUUAUAACAGAAAAUUUAUCAAAAAAGUUUCUAAAACAUUAUUUUUACUUUUGAUUAUAAGAAGAGUGAUCGUUAAUAUAACUAUUUUCUAUCAUAGAGUCAUAUUUGUGUUAUAAGUUUAUUUAUAUUUGUUCAAGAAAAUAAAAAAGGGUUAACAACACAGCGAUUACGUAAUCUUUGUCUCUCCAUUUCUGACUAAGAACAUUUUCCUGUUCAAUGAUAGGACGGUAUCUUCCAUAAUAGCGGCAGAAAACUUAGUCCUUCUUCCCGUCUCAUGAAAAGUCUUAUUUCCAGUACUCGCUCAUUUUGACUGGCACAAUACCCCUGCCGCUUAAACAUCAACUUUUUUUCUUCCUUUGAAUUGGGAUCUAAGGACAUUUGGUAGAUGAUUGCACCGCUCCGAGGAGAUGGAAUUUGAAAUUUGACCUUCGAUUAUAGUGUGAUAUUGCAUGUGGGCUGUAGACGUCAACCUUCUAAUCAGGAUAGGAAACCACGUGCUCAAAGUCAAGUUUGAUCAAGGUUAGCAGUGAAACGUGAUACAGAUAGGAAGCACGCUAAGACCUUUGCAUGUUUAUAGUCGUGUGUUAUUAUAGAUUUGGCGUAUUCUUUGAACUCUGAACAAAGAUCGGGACAGGAAAAUAAGAUCUGAAUAAGAUCUGAAGAUACAAAAUUUUCUUCCGCUGCGAUCAACGCACCGACAAUACCUGCAAGUCAUAUACUCCCCGAGGAAUUAACGAUGCCUUACGUUGAAUUCGCUCCGCUUCGCAUCCCUUUCCACCGACGUUUGGAAACUGCAGCUGUUGCUCUGUAUUAUUACUCUUUUUAUUUCGGUGCACUCUUAGGAACAGUAAUCAUCCUUGGCCUGUUUUUUACGUCAUAUUACCCGAUUGCAAUAAUUUAUUUAACUUGGGCCUAUCUGAUCGAUGGACGCACUCCCGACCACGGUGGACGGCGAUCAGAAUUCGUAAGAAAAGCGCGAGUGUGGAAAUAUUUCAGAGAUUAUUUUCCGAUCAAGCUGAUUAAAACGACCGAACUGGAUCCAAGCAAAAACUAUGUAUUUGGCUACCAUCCUCAUGGAGUUCUAUGCGCGGGUGCAUUUUGUAAUUUUGCCACCGAAGCUACGGAUUUCAGCAAUACCUUUCCCGGAAUAAUACCACAUUUAUUACCACUAAUGGGUGAGUGAAUCACGAAAAAAUCAUUGCUCAGUAGCCUAGAAAAAUCCCUCUCUCGUGACCGGGCUUUAAAAUAUCACGCAAAUGGUUUUGCGUUGAUGCUUGCGUGACUAACAUAAUGCCAGUGUCACGUUAAAAUUUUCAAACUGCGUUAAAAAUCUGACAGCGAAACAAUUGCUUCAUUUGACAUCUUUAUUUUGUAUUUUGCCAACAAAAUGAAGAACCACUGUAACGUGAUGCUGUUUUUUGUUUUUGUUGUUGUUGUUGUUUUUUUUUUACUGAAGCCUUGUUCAAACCACCGUUAUUUCGAGACUACAUUAUGAGCAGUGGUAUGUGCAACGUCACUCGUGAGAGCUGUGAGUAUAUUCUCACAAAGAAAGGGCCUGGUAACUCAGUGGUGAUUGUCGUGGGUGGGGCUGAGGAAGCAUUUGAUGCCCAUCCAGACACUUACACCAUAAUCCUGAAACCCAGGAAAGGAUUUAUCAAGCUUGCAUUGAGAACUGGGUGAGUGAAGGAAAAGAUUUCUGUUUGACCCAUUCUCCGUUAACCCUUUAACUCCCAGAUCAAAUUUGUAAUUCUCCUUUCUGACAACCAUAAAGUUCUUAUAAUGUUAGUUCAGAGAAUUUAGUAUGGAAUCAACUAAUUAUCCCCAAAUUGUUACUUUUCUUUCUUUCUUCUCAUCACUUAUCCAGUGGAUAAUGUAAUGAUAUUGUAGGGAGAAAUUCUGUCUUGGUCACUCAUGGGAGUUAAAAGGGUUAAACAUACUUUGUCUAUUUGCUGCUAAAUACCAACUUUAGCCAAAACAAUGAUUACCUUCAAGACUGAGGUUUUCUCUCAGAAGAGUGUGGGGUUAUAGUGAAAUCUUUCACAGAGGAGUUUUAAUAGUUUUACACUAGACUCAAGAUAUUAUCGAUUGUGAUUAAUUAGUUUUCGCAAUUAUUUCUUCCUAAUUACCUUGAAAAAAAAACCCUUUCUUUUAUACCCUCUCCCUCUUGCACCAAAAGAAUACCAGCUUUUUAGGUUUUCCACAACUUGACUUGCCACUACCUUCUCAUUUCUGCUCAUCAUACUUUCCCAAAGUGUUUCUAGUUUUCCUAAAAAUAGGAUUUCCACGUCUACCUCAAAGUGAGAGAGAGCAAAAACCAAAGUUAGCUAGACCUUAGUGCUCACCCACUUGUUGUGUCAUCUUCUAAAAGGACUUUCCUUUCUGUAUUUUUUAGUGCCUCUCUUGUUCCUGUAUUUGCUUUUGGAGAAAAUGAUCUUUUCAAUCAAGUGAAGAACCCUCGUGGUUCCUGGCUACGAGAUAUUCAACAAAAAAUUCAGAAAAAAGUUGCAUUUGCCCCUGUGCUUUUUUUUGGUCGGGGUAUUUUCCAGUACACAUUCGGAUUUCUGCCUCACAGGAGACCAGUCAAUGUUGUUGGUAAGUCCUUAGUUCCAAAACAGUAUCUAGGGAUCAUGAUUUUCCUUUUUUUAUGAAGCAAUAGGGACUAAUAACAAUGAUAGGGAGUGUUUCAUGCACUGUUUACUAGCAAAAAUCCCAUUUUUGGGUUUGAAAAAUUGAGCCUCAUACAAAUUUGGACCACUAAAUCAUCAAUAAAGAGAUGCCAACCCUUUGGAAAUCAAGCAAAUAUUUUCUUAUUUAAAACCAUCCUAGAAAGAUUACCUUUUGAAGGCGAUAAAUUAAAUGAUUUUCUAAGUUUACAGACAAAUAGACAAAUUUGAUUUCGAUGGGAGGUUAACUGAGCUGUAUAGAGACAGGGAUAUUUAUCAUGUAUCCAGGAGACACUAUACAAUCCAUGAGAGUUGGCAAAUACAUAACAAUGCCAUUUAACCCUUAACACUCUGGUCCACUCUAAGAUCAGUAUGUAUAUUCUCCAUUGUGUUCUCCAUACAUUCCAUAACAUGUCUUCCCAUUUGGUAAUCAAUCAGUACAGAAUCAUCAUCUUUCUCCAUUAUACAUGUAGAUCUUGAAAAUAUCUUAACCCUUUAACUCCCAGAUCAAAUUUGUAAUUAUCCUUACUGUCAACCAAACAACUCUUACAAUGUUAGUUUGGAGAAUUUAGUAUUGGAUCAACUAAUUAUUCCCAAAUUGACAUUUUUCUUUAUUCUCAACACUUGUUUGGUUGAUACUGUAUUGAUAUUGUAAGGAGAAAUUCUUUCUGGGUCACUCAUGGUUAAGGUUAAUUUCUGACAUUUUUUCUGGCAUUUUUUUUGUAGUUGGAACUCCUAUUCCAGUUACAAGAGUUGCAAACCCAACUUCUGAUCAGCUGGAUGAUCUCCACUCCAUCUACAUUGAAAAACUUAAGCAGUUGUUUGAAGAAAAGAAAACUAUGUAUAAUGUUCCUGAAUCAACUGAGCUGAUAAUUUGUUGAAAUUAUUUACAUUAAGAGAAAUGUUUGAUUGAGUAAUGUACUAACUAAUCCAGGAUUGCAAAGGUUGAGGGGUAAAGAAAUCUCUCUUGACCUCCGCCUAACCUAUCAGAUGCAAAACUAAAACUAAUCAAGGUGAGUCACUUAACUUAAGGCCACUAAAAUGUAUUUAAUUUGAAUUUUUAUAAACACCUUAAGAAAAUGCCUUUCUUUUGAUAGGCUAUUUCCAUGACUAAUUUGGAUAAUGACAUUCAAUCAAAACAAUGGUAUACAUUGAAUAUUUAUCCAUACAACACAUUUUAUAUUACAACAAAGUUUCAUUAGUUUCUUAGUUUUGACAUGGCAUAAUACAGAGAUCCUUAGAUCACGAGCUGAUCAAAGAUUCUGGUUUGGUCAUUAACUUGUACUCAGACUCCACUGAUUCUUUCUUAUCAAGUUUGACACAAAUUGUUAAAAAGUUUUUAACCCUUUAACUCCCAUGAGUGACCAAGACAGAAUUUCUCCUUACAAUAUCAAUACAAUAUCAAGCAGACAAGUGAUGAGAAUGGAGAAAAAUAUCAACUGGGGGAUUAUAAGUUGAUCCAAUAUCAAUUUCUCCAAACUAACACCACAAGAACUGUAUGACAGACAGUAAGGAGAAUUAGCAUUGAGAUCUUGGGAGUUAAAGGGUUAAAGGAUUCAAAGAGUUUUUGAUAAAAGACAUCACUGAAGUUGUGAACAAAAUUUAGGCGGGGGCAUUCUCCUUUAGUUACCAGCUGUCAUUUGGGCCCGUCACGCAAUGCUUUUCCGGUGGGGAACAGAGCUUGUUGCGUGACAAGUUCACAACUGCUGGAAUGAACGGUGGAUCUGCUAUAAAACUUCGGGAUUCGUCUAUUCACUUCAGCUGUUUUAUAUUGUGGGAUAAGUCUGGGACAUACCUGUAUUCACUGUUUUUUGCAAGAAACUCAAAGUGAUCGUUUACACAGAGUAUUGGUAACUCGUUACGCAUGAUCCAGGACACCUCAUUGGAGUGACAUCCCUAUAAGUAGAAAGCUUAGAAACAAACGGGUAAACGGUAAAAAUUGAACUUUUGUACCUCCAUCUGUUUUCGCGCUUAACCGUGAAUAUUUCCUUGUGUCAGUGAGAGAUUUUACCAAAUUUUCAAUCGAAUUGAUUACAAAGUUGAGCAAAAUUGGCUUUUGAUAUUAUAGAAAACGUCGUGGUCAAUUCGCCGAAUGCUAUAAAAAUAUAUCUGUACCUCCUUUUUCAACAAUUUUAGCUUUUCAGACCGACGUAUGGUUUACUUAGUAGGCACCAGACAAGAAGGGGCGCCCGAGGCGAUUAGGGGCUCAAUCGCGCGUUUUUUCUCUCCAACGCGCUCCUUGGAAACUGCACUUUUGUUGCACUAGCGCCUGCUACUCAGGCUGAUUUUUGUUGCACUUUUUACAUAUUUUUAGGAACCUUAUUUAUAAUAGAAGACAAGCUAAUGUAGAAGUGAAGAAUUUUACAGAGGUUACCCAAUUGAAUUUGUUCCAGGUUUUUUAAGUACAUUUUUUAGCUUUCGAGCCGGUCACUGAUACCUACCAAGAGAUUAUUUUUAAAAAAACCGUCAAGCCAUAUUCAUGCCUCUCGAGAAGAAAAACAUUUACAGAAAGGAGAAAUGAAUUAUUAAAAUACUUGUGAAGUUAUAUAUAAAUAAACCAAUUUGCUGUCUUUUUUGAUGAUAAGGAUGUUAAUUGUCGUACUACGCUUUUGCGCUAGUUUCAAGAACAUUAGCUUUAAAGUUUUUGUACUGAGCUUGAUCCACUCAUCUCCAGUGGUCUCACUAUUGGCGUCUUCAUGAUAAUCUGUCCAAUUUUUCUGUUCCAGGGUACCUUAUUGAGGCAGGGGGAGAGGGGUGAAAAAGGCAAUUGCGUACUCGGACCGCUUUCUAGGGUGCAGAACCUCUUCAUUUUGAACAGUUCGUUGUCUCGUAAUCAACCAAAAACACAUCUUUCUGAACAUUUUAAUUGAUAUCCCUCAUAGAGAAACAAGGCAAAUUUCCAAGCU